CUCGCAGGAUGGAGGAGGCGGGCUGGGUGGGUGAGCUCCGAACUUUGCCGAGUAUAGCCGAAAACAUCCGGAAGUGUAUGUGCAGCGGUCUACAGCCACAGCGCCGUGUCUCUCACACACACGAGUUUCUUUUAUUUAUUAGAGGUUAGUCACACGUCUGGCCACCAGUUAAACUUGUUCCACCCGUCGUCAUGUCCGUGUUGUGUUACAAUAAGGGAUGCGGGCAGCGAUUUGAUCCAGAAAAGAACCCGGAAGAUGGUUGCAUCCAUCAUCCAGGAGUCCCAGUAUUCCACGAUGCAUUGAAGGGAUGGUCCUGCUGCAAGAGAAGAACUACUGACUUCUCAGACUUCCUCAGCAUUGUUGGCUGCACAAAAGCUCCCCACAACAAGGAGAAGCCCCCUGAGCCGGUGAAACCAGAUGUGAGAUCAUUGGGAGAAAAGAAAGACGCAGAUGACCAAAAGCCAAAGUUUAACGAGUACAUCAUCUCUGCACCAAAGCCUCAGGAGGCAAUAGACAGACCAAGUGCUGAUGAGCCGAUGGUGAGAAUGCAGCAUAAAGUCUCUACUUCUCUGAAGCAGGCUCUGGAGAGACUGAAGCUUUCUGAAAAUACGGCAGAGCAGCAAGAGGAAGAUAACGACGAGCUCAAGAUUGGGACAUCCUGUAAAAAUGGAGGAUGUACUAAAAGUUUUGAUGGACCUGCAAGCGAGUUGGAUGAGUGCUUAUACCACUCUGGAUUUCCUAUUUUCCAUGAAGGGAUGAAAUACUGGAGCUGCUGUAAAAGGAAAACCUCCGACUUUAACACCUUCCUCUCUCAAGAGGGCUGUACCAAGGGGACACAUCUAUGGAGGAAAAAGGAUGAUGGUAAGAAAGUGGUUCCAUGUCGGUUUGACUGGCACCAGACGGGGGCGCAGGUCAUCAUCUCUAUAUAUGCCAAGAACGCCGUCCCAGAGCUGUGCUAUGUGGAAGCAAACAGCACCACGCUCGACAUUCAUGUUAUAUUUGAGGGAGAGAAGAAAUUUGUGCAAAAAAUCAGCUUGUGGGGAGUGAUCGAUGUGAGCAAAAGCCUAAUAAACAUGAUGGCUGCCAAGAUCGAAAUAGACAUGAAGAAGUCUGAGCCCAUGUUGUGGGCCCGUCUGGACCUUCCACCGCCGCCGCCACCCAAGGAGGAGAAGGAGGAGGAAAAAGAGGAGUCUGAUAGCGAGGAUGAAGAUGAUUGAUUACAAUACAAACACAGUGUGUAUUUUUAGCUGAAUCAAAGGUCAUACAGCCCAUUCCUUACCUCCUUACCUUUGGCCUUUACCUUUGAACAUUACACUGUUUCCUCUUUCAUUCUUAAUUGUCAACGUUCUUGAUUUUGCCGAACUUUCGGUUCUUUUACAGUUAUUUUAUACAUUUGAAUGCUUAAAAUUCUCCAAUUAAUAACAUUAGUUUUUCUCUGAAUUAAUGAAAAAUACUUGGGGUAACAUUGACAUUGAGCGGAUUUUCCUUUUAAGUCAAACAAUGUCACCUGUUAAUUGCAAUACAACCACAGAAUAAGAUCAGUCAGGUGGGACCAUGGAUAACCUCAGGCCCAUAAAGCCUUUAACAUGGCCUGUUCAGAAAAAAGUCAUCGUAAUGGACCCACAGUUGUGACCAUCUGUAUCUACAAUUUUUGGGAAAAGAUUCAGUCCAUCCAGUAGUUUCAUAAAUUGUUCAUAUUAUUGCGUUGAUCGUCCCAACAUUUUCACAUCAAACUGAAUGUUGCAUUCAUAUUUCUGUGUGUGUGACAAUGAAGCUGCUCUAAGUAGUUGGAUUAGGACAUUUAUCUCUAAGAUGUCCACACCUGUAUAAUAUGGAUUUAUUCUGAAUAAAUAGUUAUAAAAAUACAACAGUUCCUUGGGACUCUUAGACUUAAGAAAAUCGAGAUGCUCUCUGACUACCCCAACCUUUUCACAAAUAGAACUUUGCUCCAAAUUUGUUUUUUUACAUGAUUAUACCUGAUGUAUAUUUUUGUUUUGUCUCUGAACAAUCACUACUGUAUUUAUCUCCUCCUUUCUUUCAAAGCAACCUAGCUCAAUUUUAUGAGAAUGUACUGUAAUAUCUGAGUGGCAAUUGAAUACAGUGUAUUUUUCAGCAAAGUAGUCCUACUGUAUUAUAUAAGGUUAUGCUAGAUCAGUGGUUCUCAACCUCCCCCUCCCCCCAGUAUUAUCAGGUUAGGGUUUGCGACCCCUCUGGGUUGUCGAAUCUGCUCCAGGCACGGUGGAUUUUCCUCUCGCCGACCUUCCUCAAGCCACUCGUGCACGCACACACACUCAAUAAAAUCUAUUCAAAGGCAAAUUAUUUCACUGGUGCUGGCAAUAUAAAGUAAAAACCAUUCCCCUAUCUGUAAUUAUAUAAUUUACUGUUAAUAUGUUCUUGUUUUAAUCCACAGCCAUUUGGCAACCCCCGGUAAAUAUCUCACAACCCCCAGGAGGUCAGAACACCCAGGUUGAGAACCACAGUGCUAGAAGGCAUCCUUCAAAGGCUAUGUGUGAAUUUAAUUUGGAUGAAUGACAUCAUGACUUCCGGGUAAAAGGAUUAGGGAACCAAUUUAUCUUACUGAAAAUAAACUUUUGUGUUGAGCUUUUAAAA